AUGUGGACAGUGUAUUUGCUUUUGAAAGCAUGUUUAACAAUGGACCGGGGAAUCAACUUAAAAUGGUGGCUGCAUUUUUUAUUUUUUAUCCUCCUUUUUGGUGUUUCGUUUGGGGAAGUCCGUUAUGUCCUUCCAGAGGAGAUGCAGCGAGGGUCGGUUAUCGGGAAUGUUGCGCAGGAUCUGGGGCUGGAGGUGACGGAGCUUGAUGCUCGUCGAGCCCGGGUAGUUGCAGAAGGAACUAAGCAGCUGUGUGAACUGGACACUGCGUCUGGCAAUCUUUUGAUCAGCCAACGGAUUGACCGAGAGGAGCUCUGCGCGCAAGCAACUGUCUGCAUCCUGCAGUAUCAGCUCUUGCUUGAAGAUCCCCUUCAAGCAUACAGCUUAGUUUUGGAUAUUGCAGAUAUAAAUGACAACAGCCCGGUUUUUGCCGCAGGAGAGAUACAUCUAGAUUUAGUGGAAUCCACAGUCAUUGGAAGGCGCUUUCCGUUGGAGAGCGCUCAUGACCCCGAUCUGGGUACCAACUCUGUCCGUGAAUAUAAACUGAGCCCGACUGAUCAUUUUGCACUGGAAAUUAGUAACCAAAUAAACGGCAAUGCUUAUCCGGAACUAGUUCUUAAAAGGGCCUUGGACCGGGAGGCACGAGCUGAACAUGUACUGAAAAUUAAUGGAAUUGACGGGGGAAAUCCAGUCAGAUCAGGAACUGCGUCUAUCUAUAUCCGUGUUUUGGACGCCAACGAUAAUGUCCCAGUUUUCAGCCAACGAGUUUACAAAGCCUCCGUGCCAGAGAACUCGGCCGUAGGGACUGUCAUAGCAACACUGAAUGCCACCGACUUAGAUGAAGGUGUUUAUGGAGAGAUAACAUACUCUUUCAGUCACCUGUCAGACAAGAUGGCAGGAGUCAUUGAAAUGGACCCUCUGAGUGGAGAAGUACGCGUGGCCGGUCUCAUUGACUACGAAGAGGCCAGUAAGCACGAGCUGGAUGUUCAGGCUAAAGACGGCGGUGGUCAGGCCUCUCACUGUAAACUCAUAAUUGACGUCACUGACGUAAAUGACAACAAACCCGUGAUUGAAAUAAAGUCAGCUUCUGCCAACGUGGCCGAAGACGCUAAACCAGGAACUAUGGUUGCUCUGAUCAAUAUCUAUGACCUGGACACUGGAAGCAGUGGGCGCGUCACCUGUACAAUCUCAGACGAUGUUCCGUUCAAAUUUGUAUCAGAGGUCAAAAACUAUUACAUGUUAGUGACCGACGGAAUACUAGACAGAGAACUUCAAACAGAGUACAAUAUCACAGUCACUGCCACUGAUGCGGGCUCUCCCUCGCUGUCCAGUUUAAAAGCUCUAACAAUCGUGGUCAAUGAUAUAAAUGAUAACCCCCCGACUUUCACACAGAGCGAGUACAUCGCCAACAUUUUGGAAAACCAACCCACCGGCACGUUUGUAAUGAAGGUGAAAGCAGAGGACACCGACGAUGGGUCUAAUGCAAAAAUACUGUACCAAAUAUCGAGGGACACGAACUCACAAGUGUCCUCUUUUCUUACCAUCAACUCGGAAACGGGGGAGCUCUUCACAUCACGUCCCUUUGACUAUGAACAGUCAAUUCACUUCCAAAUUAAGGUGACAGCUCGAGAUGGAGGCGACCUCCCACUCUCCACUACCUGCACUAUAAACGUUUUUAUCCAGGACCAAAACGACAAUACACCCUUCGUCCUAUAUCCGGUCCAAACCGACGGGUUCAUUGCUGAAGAUGUCGUGCCGGCGGAUGCGCCUAGAGGGUACCUGGUUACCAAAGUGGUAGCCGUGGACGCCGACUCGGGCCACAACGCCUGGCUCUCCUACAGAAUAGUCAAAGCAACGCGGCCUAACCUGUUUAUGGUCGGUCUGCACACGGGAGAAGUCAGGACAGUGCGAGCGUUCACGGAGGACGACGAACCGAAACAAACUGUUGUUGUUUUAGUAACGGAUAACGGGCCGGAGUCUCUCUCCGCCACUGCUGCUGUCAGCAUAGUAAUUGGCGACGGUCUGCCUGUUUUAAAGGAACUUUUUGAGUUUACCGAUGAAUCUCAGGAAAGCGACAGCUUGACGCUGUACUUGGUUAUCGCCCUGUCAGCCGUGUCCUCUCUAUUCAUCCUUUUAAUCGGUGGAGUGUUUUACUUUAACCUCUGCCGGCGUGGCUAUGUUUACCGUUCAACCACUGCUAGUCUCCCCGUCUUUCCCACCACCUACUGCCCCCCUAGCUUUACAGGUUCAAGUCGUUGUGGGACGCUGCUGAACGAUGAGCGUUAUGAUUCUUUCUUGACCACUGGGUCGUGGAGAGGCGAUUUUCGUUUUGGCUCAAACACAGACACUGACACACUGAAAAAAAGAAGUGCGGCCUAUCAAAAAAACACCCUAAGGCGCACCAGCACAGACAGAGCUAGUCUGAAGGUGAGGGCAGGUGCACCGCCUCCUUGCUACGUGGUCAAGUGA